CAUCCUCUCUAUGGCCAAGUUCCACUCACUCCCAUGAGCCCUGGGAGAAGCCUUGGACCAAGGAGCUCCAAGAAGGAGGCUGUAGCACUGCGGAGGGAAAGAGAGGAAGUAUCUCGGAGAUGCUGCGGCUUAUCGUGGAGUCGGCCAAAAUUGAGCCGCCCCUAAGCCCUCCACCCAAGCCCUGUGUGGCCGUCAACUUCAGAGAUACCAAGAAGAAAACUCGUGUGGUGGAAGGGAACGAGCCUAUAUGGAAUGAGACCCUUAUCUGGCACCUCCGGAACCGCCCCUUGGAAAAUGACUCCUUCCUGCAAGUUGUCCUUCUGGACAUGGGCUCAAAGAAGAAAGAAAGGUUCAUUGGCCUGGCCACAGUCCUGCUGGAGCCAUUGGUGAAACGAACUGAGGUCCUGUAUGUGAAGGGCCUGAUCCUGCUCAACCAUUCCAUGAAGCCCACAGAUUGUACUGUCACCCUCCAGGUGGCCCAGAUGACCAACCAGGAUAUUGAGAAGACAUGGGAUGAAGACCUCCUGGGCAUAACUGCAAGAGAAGCGGCCAGGCAGAAGCUGAUGGCUCUCAGCCCCACCCUGCACAGGGUUCAAUGCUCAAAGCCUCAGCACUUUCAGGUUCGGGUGAAGGUGUAUGAAGCCCGACAGCUCAUGGGCAACAACAUCAGGCCAGUGGUGAAGGUGAUCAUUGGAAGUCAGCAGCACCACACACGGAUCAAGAUGGGAAACAACCCUUUCUUCAAUGAGAUCUUCUUCCAGAAUUUCUAUGAGGUUCCUUCAAAAUUCUUCGAUGAGAUCAUUUCAAUCCAGGUGAUGAACUCUUCAGUGUUGAGAUACAACGCAGAGAUCGGGAGAUUCCAAACAGAUAUUGGGUUUAUUUACCAUUCUCCAGGUCACGCACUGCUAAGGAAAUGGUUAGGCCUGUGCCUGCCAAACAAACCCAUCAGCGGCGUGAGAGGCUACCUGAAAGUCACCAUCUGCGUGCUGGGUGUGGGAGACCAGGCUCCGGUGGAUCAAAAGCUGCCCUAUGGGGCCGAAAAGGAUAUUCAGAUCAUCAAGUCGACCCGAGUCCCCAUCCACGCAGCCUACUUACAGUUCUUCAUCUACUGCGCCGAGGACCUGCAUCUCAAGAAACACCAUUUAGUGAGUCCUGUUUUGGAAGUGGAACUAAUUGGGGAAAAGCUCCAGACAAAUAUGCAGGCCCUCACCGAUAACCCCAUAUGGAACCAGAUCCUGACGUUCCAGAUUCAGCUGCCCUGCCUCUCCAGCUACAUCAAGUUCAGAGUCUUGGAUUGCCCCAGAAAUGAUUGUCAGAAUGAGAUUGGCACUGUGAGCUUGUCCCUCAACCAGAUCUCGUCCACUGGGGAAGAGAUAGAAGGAAUGUACUCCGGCUUCCUGCCCUGCUUUGGCCCCAGCUUCCUGAUUCUCCAUGGGGGGAAAAGGGCUGCGUUCAGCAUGCAGGAAAAACACUGUGUUCCCGACUCUGUUAAGGAUGGUUUAGCUUAUAGAGGACGACUCUUCAUGGAGUUAAUCACAAAAAUCAAGUCCCAGCAAGAGUUUUGGAUAAAGGAUAUCUCCCGUGAAGUGGCCAGGAUAGAGAAGCACCAGAACCGGCUGAGGUAUGGGCUGUGCGUCGUCUUCCUGUCCUGUACCUUGAUGCCCAGCUUUAAGGACCUGAUCCAGUUCGAAGUCAGCAUCGGCCACUACGGAAACAAGACAGACACGAAUUACAAACCUCUGGUGUCAACCACACAGUACAGUCCGGUGAUAUAUGAUGGGAACAACUACCACUACGUACCCUGGUACAACACCAAGCCUGUCGUGGCCGUGACCUCCAACUGGGAGGACAUCAGCUUCCGCAUGAAAUGCCUCAACCUCCUCCACGUCACUCGGGACCGCCUGAAAGCCAAUCUGGACACCCUGAAGUCCCUGCGGAAUCUGAAGGACCCAGCUCUGCUCCAGCAGUGGGAGAAGCUGCUGAGGGAGCUGGUGGAGGACUGCAAGCGCCCUCUGCCCUGCAUGACCGAUCAGCCCAAAGCCAACAUCCUAGACAAGGAGAAGUGGCAGCUCCGGAACCUCCUCCUGAAGGAACUGGCCGAGAAGGCCAAGAACGCCAAGCCAAGGGACAUGGUGGCCACGGUGGAGGGCUGGCUGCACCGCCUCGACGCUGUGCUCCCCGAGCCCCAGAUGGGCUUCCCGGACGUGAUGAUCUGGCUGAUGGCCAGGGAGCAGCGAGUGGCCUACGCACGGGUGCCUGCCCACACCAUCCUGUUCUCCCCAGCAGGGAGCCUGCACUCCGGCCGCUUCUGUGGCAAGAUCCAGUCCCUGCUGCUGCAGUACCCAGAGGGAGAAGGAGAGAAGGACACGGUCCCAGCCCACCUCCGAGUCUGCAUGUGGCUCGGGAACGUCACGGACAGCCAGCACAUGCAGCUGCCCCGCCAGGGCAGCAUAGUGGUGUAUGCCGAGACGUAUGAGAAUCAGGCCAAGUAUAAAGACCAGUGGGGGCCGCAGGGGCUGCACCGAUGCCCCAACUUCUCAGACGUCACCGGGCACAAGGCCCUCCCCAAGACGGAUUUCAAGGCACCCAUAGGAUGGCACUGGCAAGACAACUGGAAAAUAGAGCCUCAGAGGAGGCUCCUCUUGGACACAGACAUCAACAAGAGCCAGGUGCUGGAGGAAGUAUAUGAGAACCAGGACCGCGAUGCCACAGGCGCCUGGGUUCCUGCAGAAAUCCCGAACACAGAUUUGGAUGGACAGCCUGUGGAGGCCCGGGAGAAUGUGAAGUGCCCCCCAGGCUGGCACUUUAAGAAGAACUGGACUGUGGAACUGAACCACGCGGUGGACAGUGAGGGCUGGGAGUAUGGAGUGGGGAUCCCGCCCUCGGGCAUGCCCCGGGUCUGGAGCUCGGUGGAGAAGACCUACCACUCGCGACGGCGCAGGCGCUGGGUGCGUCUGCGCUUCCGGGACCCGGAGAAGCCGAGCCAGGAGCAGGAGACCCUCUCCUUCCUGCAGCAGCAGGGCCUGGCCAAGGAGGACGAGGGCUGGGAGUACGGCACCUUUGGCUCCAAGUUCCACCUGGACCCGCAGCCCCACAGCAAGUUCCGCCGCCGCUGCUGGCACCGCAGGCUGGUGCCCAACCACGACAAAGGCAUCGCGCCUAUCUUCCUCCUGGAGGGCUCUUUGGUGAGGGAUCUGAAGUUAAAUUACAAGAAGGAAGAGGAAAAGCCAGGGGUGUGGGGUCAGUUCAGAAACUCCUGGAGGGACCGCCCCGAGGAAUCCCCGCCUGCCAACAUGCCCUUCAUCUACUGCCUGAUCAACAAGCCCCACUACUACCAGCUCCUCUGCUACAUCUACCAGGCCCGGAACCUGCUGUCCAACCAGAUUCUGACAUUCCAAGGGCCCUUCAUUCGGGUGAUCUUCUUAAACCACAGCCAGCGCACCCAAGCCGCAGGCAGCUCCGCAGCCCCGAUCUGGGCCCAGACACUCAUCUUCCAGCAUCUGCUCCUGUACGAGAACCCCCAGGACACCAAAGAGAGCCCACCGCUCCUGGUGCUGGAACUGUGGCAACGCGACUCCCAGGGCAAGGAGACCUUGUGGGGACGGAGCAUAUGGCCCCCGGUGGUCUGGCUGGAUCUCCAAGACCGGAUCCUGCCCCCUCUGAGGUGGCACCCACUUGUGAAAGACUUGGGGGAGGAAGAGGGUGAGAUCUUGGCAUCCUGCGAGCUGAUCCUGGAGACGGAGAAGCUGAGAGAGAAGCAGCUGCCGAUCCUAAGUGUCCCCUGGAAGAACGGGGUCUACACACUGCCCAGGAGCAUCCAGCCCACGCAGAGGAAGAUGGCCAUCGAGAUCCUGGCCUGGGGCCUUCGGGGCAUGAAGAAGGUGCGCUACCCCCAGCUCCUGGUGGAGUGUGGGGAAGAGUCCCUAAAAACAGAGCCCAUCCAAGACUUCCAGACCAACCCCAACUUCCCCGAGCCCAUCCUCUUUCUCAUGGUGCUCAUGCCCACAGAGGAAGCCUUCGCGUUGCCCCUCACGGUGAAGGUGGUGGACAAUCAGGACUAUGGCCAGCAGACCGUGGUGGGCCAGGCCAACAUCGACUUCCUCCAGCCUUAUUUCUGUGACCCCUGGGCUCAGGACUACGUCCCCCCGCAGCUGCCAACGCUGGCCGAGAGGAAGUACCACCAGGAGAUCCUAGAGCACCUCUACAGAAAGUUCUGGUACAAGUCCAGCAAAGCCGAGGAUGAAUUUGAGCACGAGGUGGAUUGGUGGAGCAAGCUCUUCUGGGCCACGGCGGAUGACAAGUCCCUGAAGUACAAGUACAAAGAUUACUUCACCAUAAAGGAAUGGUCUCCCCACCAGCCGGGACCCCUCCCCCCUGCACAGGUGUAUGAUUGUGAGCUGGAGGCCGUGCCAGCCUUCCAAGGCCUCCAGGACUUCUGCCAGACCUUUAAACUCUACCAGGAGCAGCCCAAAGUGGAUAGCCCUGUGGUAGGGGAGUUCAAGGGCCUUUUCCGCAUCUACCCCUUUCCUGAGAAUCCAGAGGCCCCCAAGCCCCCGCGCCAGUUCUUGGUGUGGCCCAGUAGAGAGGACUUCCCUCAGCAGUGCUUGGUGCGGGUGUAUGUGGUGCGAGGCAUCAACCUGCAGCCCCAGGACUACAACGGCCUGUGUGACCCUUACGUGAUGGUGAAGCUGGGGGAGACAAAGCUUGGCAGCCGGGACUCUUACCGGCCCAACACUCUGGAUCCCAUCUUCGGCACGAUGUUUGAGCUCACCUGCAACAUUCCCCUGGAGAAGGACCUGGAGAUCCAGCUGUAUGACUUUGACCUCGUUUCAGCCGAUGAUGAGAUCGGAACCACAGUCAUCGACCUGGAGAACCGACUCCUGUCUGGCUUUGAAGCUCGCUGUGGGCUCUCCAAAUCCUACUGCCAGACAGGGCCCUUCCGUUGGCGGGAUCAGAUGCCCCCCAGCUACCUCCUGGAGCGCCGUGCCAAGCAGAAAGGGCUGCCUCCGCCUUUGUACAGCCCUGAGGAAGACUCUGUCUUAUACAACGGGGAAAAAUUCAAGCUGGAAAGCUUUGAGCCCAAGCCCCUUCACGUGCCUGGUUUGGGACCCAAGAAAGAACGCCUGGCACUGUACAUCCUGCACACCCAGGGGCUGGUCCCUGAGCACGUAGAGACCCGCACACUGUACAAUGAGAGCCAGCCGGGCAUUGACCAGGGAAAGGUGCAACUGUGGGUGGACAUCUUCCCCAAGAAGCUGGGGCCUCCAGGCCCCCAAGUCGACAUCAGCCCCAGAAAGCCUAAAUGGUACGAGCUGCGGUGCAUCAUCUGGAAGACCGCCAGCGUGGACCUGGUGGACGAGUCACUGACCAGAGAGAAGAUGAGUGACAUCUACGUCAAAGGGUGGCUGUUCGGGAUGGAGAAGGACAUGCAGAAGACGGAUAUCCACUACCACUCCAUAACCGGUGAGGGCAACUUCAACUGGCGGUUCAUCUUCACCAUGGACUACCUGGCUGCAGAGUGUAUGUGCGUCCAGAGCGAGAAGGAUUACAUAUGGAGCCUGGACCCCACGUCAAUGAAGUUGCCGGCCCGGCUCAUCAUCCAGGUCUGGGACAAUGAUACGUUCACCAGUGACGACUUCCUAGGGGUCCUGGAGCUGGAUCUGUCCGACAUGCCCUUCCCAGCCCCGAGCGCCAAGCAGUGCUCCCUCAGGAUGAUGGACCCGGACCCCAAGUGGCCCCAGUUCCUUCAGCACAAGCGCUUCUCCCUCUUCAAGAAGAAGAUUGUCACGGGCUGGUGGCCUUUCCAGGUCCUCGAUGGAGACAAGUGGCACCAGUCGGGCAAAGUGAAGAUGACUCUGGAGAUCCUGUCACAGAAGGAAGCCUUAAUCAAGCCGGCGGGGCGAGGCCAGUCAGAGCCCAACCAGUACCCUACACUCCACCCUCCCCUACGUCCCGAUGCCACUUUCUCGUGGUUGCGAUCACCUAUUCAAAACUUCUGCAUUGUUUUCUGGAAACGUUACCGCUACAAAAUCAUAGCCUUGUCAGUCAUAUUGGUCAUGGUGCUCUUGCUGUUCCACUUUAUCUACUCGGCUCCGAACUAUUUAGCCAUGAACUGGAUCAAACCUGAAAUGCGGCUGUAUCCUCCCAUUAAAAUAGUCAAUGUCAUCAGUUCACCAAACACCAGCAAUGCCAGCUCCACCCUCCUCAUCACUGAGAAACCAGUCCUAGUGGAUACAACAGACCAGGAGUGGCAACUCGUCCAGGAACCCAAGAAUCAGAUGGAUGACAUUUUCCCAGAGCUCCCAGACACAGGAGACUAAUUCACUGAUUUACCUGCCUUUCCUCCUGCUCACUAUCGGCCCACCCCCAGACUUCCUACCCACUCCCUGUUUCUGUCUCCCAGGGCACUCGAAGAGGCUAGGGGUAUUCUGGCUACUGUGCUCAGGAACCGCUGCCCCACGAGCAGGGCUGUAAUUUUCCACUGAAAUAAACAAGCUUCCUGACA